UCGCGCGCGCAUCCUCCUCCGGCAACGCGGGGCAGGCUCCGGGCUCGGGACCUACAGUGUGCGGUGGUCACCUUCCCUCUGCUGGUGGAGCUGGCGCUGGCUUGAGCUACGAUGCUGGUGAACGUGAAUCUGACUGGCCCGGCGCCCUGGGGCUUCCGAAUAACAGGGGGAAGGGACUUCAGAAAGCCCAUCACUGUAUCUAAGGUGACAGAGUAUAGCAAAGCAGCCCUUGGCGACCUCCAACUCGGUGACAUCAUCGUCUCCAUCAAUGGAGAAAGCACUUCUGAGAUGCUCAAUGUGGAGGCGCAAAACAAGAUUAAGCAGAGCUAUGGGCAGCUGCAGUUGCAGGUGGACAGAGCGGAGCAGUUUUCUCCAAGUCAGACUAAUGGUGAAAGUUCCCCAGAGAUGCUGUCCAUACGGUUUCAGGAUGCUGUGAGAACCAGAGACGAUGGCCCAAGCUCGCUGAGAUCUUCCUACUCCAGCCCAGCUUCCAUCAGCCCACGACCAGGCAGUCCCUUCUCUCCUUCAUCUCCCGGAUAUCGCUCGGGCAGUCCGUACAGCCCCCAGAGGCCCAGCCUGCCCAGCAAGGGCAGAGGAGAGUCAGUGGUGAACAGUCGCAGCUUCCAGUCUCUGGGGAGUUCAUUAGGAAUCUCUGGCGAAUGCUCUCCACCACUCCAUGGGCAGCAACAUCCAAGCAACAGACAGGAACAAAGGAGCUUCAGCCACACCAGUGCCUUUCCAGUUACUGUUCUGCCUCCAGUAAAUGGCUCUCCAUCUUCAGGAGCCUAUUCCCUCUCCACCCCUUGGGAGAGCAGGAAGGAGCAAGACAGGCGCUCGGCUUCCCUCAGCCGCAGUUACAGUGUGGAUUCAGAGCCAACCAUGCAUCGUUUGGAAGGAGACUCUGAGGUCUACAAGAUGAUACAGGAAAACCGCGAAGCCAGGGCCCCUCCACGGCAGUCGAGCACUUUCCGCUUGCUCCAGGUGGCUCUGGAGUUGGAUGAGAAAGAGGGCACCGCCAGUCCCUUCCCCAGCCAGCUGACUCCCAGCGCGCACAAACCGGUCAGCAGCUCUGUGGCUGGCGGUUCCCAGAAGCUGCAUGUGUGUGAGAAAUGCGGCACCAGCAUCACGACCCAGGCAGUCCGAAUCCAAGAGAACCGCUACCGCCACCCCUCCUGCUACACCUGCACUGACUGUGGGCUCAACUUGAAGAUGCGCGGUCACUUCUGGGUUGGAGAAGAGAUGUACUGCGAGAAGCACGCCCGCCAGCGCUACCAGGGCCCAGCAGGGGGCACCACCGUCACAGCUGUCUACUCCCCAUCCUAAGUGUGCCUGAGCACAGGCGGUGGAGCUGGGGCUGCCACCCCGAAGCUGCCCUCCCAGCACCCCUCCUGCACAACUGCCAGAAGGCCCCCUGGGUCUCUUUCCACUGGCUGUCAGGCCUUUUCCCCCUCGUGCCGUCUCAAGCCGCCAGAAUUCAGCCAGUUGAGACACACCCAGGAAAGGAAGUUUCCUCUGCAAAACCGAGUGCAUGUGCAGCAGUGGAAGAUGGGAGUGGCGAUCUUGGGAGCAGGGCUGGCGCUGCACCAGGCAAAUGGCUUUUUCAGUUAGCUUGGCACAUCUGGGGCACUUUAGAACGGCAAAAGUCUGCAUAGCACAAGCACCAAGCCGCCCUUUCUUGGGCCUAAGCAGCUUCAGACGGGAAUGGCUGAACUUUCCACUCUGCCAAAGCUGCCUCCAGAAAUUCAGUUGUGGGACGCAGCGUGUCUGUGAUUUUCCUGCCCGUGCCACCCCUGUCCUAGGGGUAGCCGAUGCCAAACACAAGUGUCGCUUGCCUAGUUCCAGUGUCCCUGGAGCAGCAUCUCAUGGUCCCUUCCACAGCUAUAACACCUCUUUUUCCACCACUGCUCCAGUCUCCCUGGAUAGGAAAUGGAAGAGUGAAAGAAAGUUAGGGAUAUUAGUGAAAUGGUAGCUAAUGGGAUGGCGUGGGUGCAGCUUUGGUUGUUGAUUCUCUGUAAAGCUUCUCUAAGAUAUUAUGCCAGAUUUCUAUGUGAAAUAUAAUAUAUAUGUAUGUAUGUAAAGGAUGUGCCCCAUGCUUGCAUUUUCUCUGUAGAGAAUUCACUCUUCAUGCUGCGCCACAUUUUAGGGUUUAUAAGAGCAAAAUGCUCACUCCCAUAAUCCCAGCAGCAGGUGGGGGCAUAGUCUUUUGGGCCAUCUGAGGGAGGACUUGGAAGUGAUCCUUAAGCAGUUUUUCCAAAUGUUUAUAAGGAGGGAGUUCAUCACUGCUCCACGGCCACCUCUGAAUGCAGAAAACAGACAAAAAGACUGAAUAUUGGUGAUACACGCCUUCCCUCUAGGGUUGGAUGAGUGUGAACAGUGGGCAUGCAUUUAUUCCUAUUGAUAUUUCAGAAAUUUUGCAUCCGGACAAGCAGAGUUCCAGUGCAGGCUGUGAGCGUGAGCCGCUAGUCAACGUGGUAUUUCUAAAGCAGCCAGAAGUUGCUGCAUGUUGAAUUGCAGAAUUCUGAAGCCAUUGUUCUCAUGAUUAAACAUGCAGCAUAUUUGCAUGCUUCCUCUGCCACCCGAUGGGAUUACUCCAUGCUCAACUGCUCAGCAGAGACCUGGAAAUACCCAGAACAAUUAUUGGAAAAACACUUCUGUGCAAGUUUUAUGUUCUGUUGCAGAUUCCUGUUGCAAGAAAUAGGACUGUGCACUCUUACGUUUUCUCGUUCUGCUGUUCUAACACUGCCUUUUCCUCAUUGCCACUUAAAUAUCAGUCUGUGGUCAGACAAUUAAUUGUUCUUGAGGUCCAGCAGUUCUGGAUACAUUCCAAAUAGAGGGUCACGGGGGGAAUCCAGUUGUGUGCAAAAAAACCCCCUGCAUGCAGCCCCCAGUAAGGUUCUAAAUAGCCAGUAGCAGAGGGGUACGGCAGCAAAACUGCAGAAGCUACAUUACUGAGAUAUUGGAACCUACAUUCUGAAAACAGUAACGACGAGACUGUUUUCAUACAACUUUGUCUCAAGGAAACAAACACACUGACCUGCCAUUGAAACAAUGACAAGGUAGGUACUAUCGUAUGACACCACCAAGUGCAACAUACCAAUGUAAAAAUGGCUUUGCUGAAUGAGACCCGCGGUCCAUCGAGUGAGUCUAGUAUUUAAUUCUGAUCACAACCAGGAAACUGUCCCUACAGUAGCUCGCCGGUAGGACAAGGACAUUCACCAUAAGUGUUGCAAGGCCGGAGUGGGUACCAGCCAUCCCGCAGAAUGCCUGGCUUUGAACAAGCAGAAGGUUGGCCCAAAGCCUUUUUAGAUAAUUGCUUCUUUGAGAACAGCACUGCCCUGAAGAGCAGCUCCCUGGACCUUGGAUGCUGGUUGAAAGAUGAAGCUGCUGGUACUUGCGCACGAGCAAGUUAGGUUAGGCUGGAGAGAAAUGACUGGAAGGAGCCCAGUGGGAAAUUUGUAACCUGGUUAGAAUAACGCUACUCUGUUAGAGUGUGUGUGUUUGCUUUUGACAUCUCCACUGUGAUGCUGUUUCUCCAAGCCUGGUUAAUGAAUAUUGGAGGUUCAAAUCC